AAAAUACUCGGAUUAGACUCCAGUGACAUACCCAGCCACGCUGGUUCGUCACCCGAGGGCGCAACGGCCCAUGGAGAAAGUCAAAGUAGGGUCCAGGGGCACCUAUAAACGCCAAGCAACGCGCCUUUGCGCCCACCGCCAAUCGCCACGCCUCAGGCACGCGACCAGAUUCGAUCUCCAGAACCGUUUUGAAGCUGCCUAAUUUUGGGGGUCGCUGCUGGCAGAGAGAGUACUUCUACUUUUUGAUUUCCUUUUCUCUUUUGUUCCUCCCAAGUCACCCACACGCCGGGUAAUUAUGGAGAUUCCGGCCAAAUUGCCGUUCUCCAAACGGCGGCUCCGACCGCGAGUCGUCAUUUCCUACAUCUUCGACUAUGUGAUCAUCAUCGCCUGUGUCAUCGGCUUCUGGAUCCUAGACUCCAUCGAACCCUACCACCAACACUUCUCCCUGCAAAAUAUCUCCCUCCAGUAUCCGUACGCCGUGCAUGAACGAAUUCCCAUCAACUACGCCCUCUGCAUCUCCGGCGCUUUCCCCCUCGUGCUCAUCAUCAUCUACACACUCUUCAUCGAUGGGCUGUUUUCACACCACAAGCCUCUGGACCCGGCGUCGGGGAAGCGCAAGCUGCGCGGGCCGUGGCGGUGGAAGGAUCGUCUGUGGGAGAUGAACUGUGGUAUACUGGGCCUGUUACUGUCGCAGGGAUUGGCCUUUGUGAUCACCCAGGUACUCAAAAAUGCCUGCGGUAAACCCCGACCGGACUUGAUCGAUCGGUGCCAGCCUAUCAGUGGGAGUCUUGACCUGCCGGUGUACGGCUUGUCCAAUUCGUCAAUCUGCACUGGAGAUGCAAAGAUUAUCAAAGAUGGGUUCCGCUCGUGGCCAUCAGGUCACAGUAGUUCCUCCUUCGCAGGACUAUUCUAUACUUCCCUGUGGCUUGGCGGAAAGCUUCACAUCUUGGACAACCGCGGCGAGGCCUGGAAGAGCCUUUUGGUCAUGGUGCCCAUCCUUGCGGCAACCCUUGUUGCAGUGUCUCGAAUCAUGGAUGCCCGCCAUCACCCAUUCGACGUCAUCACCGGCUCUCUUCUAGGCGUCGCGUGCGCCAUUGUCUCUUACCGCCAAUACUUCCCUCCGAUCACCGAGGCCUGGCGCAAGGGUCGAGCCUUUCCCAUCCGCACCUGGGGCACUGAGCCGCCCCGCCCAGUGAACGCUCAAUUGACCGCGUUCAGUGACGAUGAUACCUCUGCUCUUCGCAACCCCGAGCAAGACCGCCUUCACCCACCAGCUGGGAUCGAGCGCUCCGUAUCGCCCUCGGGUCGGCCAGCUCCCCUUGGUGCUUCGGGAUAUGCAGUCCCGAGCAACCCGUUCGCCUCUCAGGUAUAUCCUCGUCGUCGACAUGAUCAGGACCCUGAUGGCAACUCUUCUUCUAGUGAGGACGAUGUUGGGAACGGGUACGAGAUGCAGCAUGGCUAUGCGGUCACCCGAAACCCUGGUGCCGCUCGGGGAUAUUCACCUCCAUUCGAGUCCAACACGGCAUAUCAGUCACAGACCCAUCCAGCUUCGGAAAACGCAAUGCACCCAACUUCGGAGGUUGCUAGCAAUCACCCCAGCCGAGGGCGACAAUUAACUGAUACGCCGCUGCGCGACGUCUAGUCCAAAAUCUAUAUCCCAUGAUGAUCUGUUUCUGACACGGAAUUGCAUUGUAUCACAAGCGAGCAUAUGUGACUUGAUGAGUGUUGGCAUUAUUUUCCUUCUCUGUGUUUCUUCUUGUACGAAAAUUCGGGAUGAGGUGUUAGAGGCUGGAACCGGGUUCGUCUCGAUGACUUUGUCCUUUGUGAUAUGAUAGUUAACAUUCUAUUUAAAUUGACUUUAAGCGUCUGUUCCACCGCUACAUAAAAAUUCGCAGUUCCCAUCUUUACUAUUUUUCAAUGUUUUGACAUUUCAUAGAUAGAUGAUCGCCCAUU